AGUCCUUGUGAAGAUAUUCGUAUUUAUUUAAUUUAAGGUCACAUCAAAGUGUUUUUAUGUCCUAAAUGGACAAAGUUUUGUUUGGGAAACAUUAGGCAAAUUUUCUAUACCUCAGAGAGAUUAAAUUAAUUCGUUAAUCUUCGUUAAUCUCCGGAGGAAACGGAAUAAUGUCGACAAAUAAAACAAAGAAGGUCAAAAUGGCUACGAAAUCCUGUCCUGAGUGCGACCAACAGAUUCCAGUGGCCUGUAAGUCGUGUCCCUGUGGUUUUGUGUUUAUCAGCAGAAAACUUCUAAAUGCUAAACUAAGUGAGUGUCCCUCUCCAGCCAUAGCAGACAAGCUGGACUUCAAGCGGAGAAGAACGGAGAGGAUUCGCAGAGAGAGGAUUGGUUCUCCUCUAACCAGUGACAUGGAGAACCGAAGGAGACCCCGAGUGAACAGUCAGUCAGAAACCAUCCGAAGGAGCCGGGGCAGACCCAAAACUGUGGGUCCAAAGAAACAAGAAGAAGAAAAGGAUAAACAAGAAAAAGAAGUGGAUAUUUAUGCCAGCCUGUCUGAUGAGAAGGCCUUCGUGUUUUCUGUAGCUUUGGCUGAGAUCAACCGCAAGAUCCUGGGUCAAAGACUGAUCCUGUGAAAUCCUUAGAUCCUGGGUCAGAGACUGAACCUGUGAAGUCCUUUAGAUUCUGGGUCAAAGACUGAACCUGUGAAGUCCUUUAGAUUCUGGGUCAAAGACUGAUCCUGUGAAAUCCUUGGAUUCUGGGUCAGAGACUGACCCUGUGAAGUCCUUAGAUUCUGGGUCAAAGACUGAUCCUGUGACAUCCUUAGAUCCUGGGUCAGAGACUGACACUGUGAAGUUCCUAGAUCCUGAGUCAGAGACUGACCCUGUGAAGUCCCUAGAUCCUGAGUCAGAGACUGAACUCAUGAAGUCCCUAGAUCCUGGGUCAGAGACUGAACUCAUGAAGUCUCUAGAUCCUGGGUCAGAGACUGAACUUGUGAAGUCCUUAGAUCCUGGAUUUUAUGCAGUCUUCUUUAGACCAGAAGAUCUAAGGAAACUCUUCCAGAGGACAUUAUAAUGACUAAAGACCCCAGAAUUGGCUGGAGCUGACCUUUGACCUGACUGCUUCACGUGGAUACAGAAUGAGAUUUAAGAACAAUACUUGGUCCCACAAAACCAGUUUAUUCAAAGUUUAUUUAAAUUAAUCAAAAUUCAAAGGUCAAAUUUUAUUAUACAAUACUUCAUUCUGGACGGAAAUCAUAUUUCUGGACUUUAGUUGGAACGACUUCUGUUGUUUGUUAACUUCAUUAA